AUGACAUUCACUGUCACUGAUGCGCCGCGUUUCAUCAAUACCCAGCUCACGUCUACAGAGACUUUGCAAUCACUACAGACCUCAACGGUCGGCAGCAAUGGAGCUGGCGGUGCAAACGGCAACGGAGGCGGCGAUGGGCGCACUAACAACCGCAACGGCUUCCUAACCACGACAGUCCCGGGCGGCAUCUAUGCCACCACGACCACUUUCACGAUCGAUCCGACGGGUACUAGCCCCGGCACCAUCAUCGUGGUCACACCAGGCGCUAUCAACGGCCCUGCGCAGACCAACGGCCUCACCUUUGAGACAAUCACGGAGGAAGGCCCCGCCGGCUCGGCCCCGACCUCGGUGACAAUCUUCCCGUCAGGGACAAACACGCAAGGGCUAGUCAUCGUGGCGACGCCGCCGCCCGCACUCCGCAGGCUAUUCCGCACAAUCACGGUGCAGGGACCGCCAGGGUCCCAGCCGACGCAGUAUACCAUCUUGCCCACAGGCAAUGAGAUCAUUGGCACCGUUGUCGUGCAAACUCCUGGUGCCCAAAGAUUUACCGGGCCAUACACGACGAUCACGCGCGGGUACGACGGUGCAGCUACUGAGACAAUCACGCUUCAGCCUCAAGCUGGUGGCACACAGGGCACUGUCGUUGUCGAGACGCCCAUCAGAACGGCUCCGGCAGGUGGUGCUGGCGGUGGGGGCAACGGCGCAGGGGCGGGUGGCACAGGAGGUGGCACUGGUACUGGCGGAACCGGAGGCGGUAAUGGAGGCACAGGAGCUGGAGGCGGCACGGGAGGAACAGGAGGCAAUACCGGGGGGACAGGCGGCGGGGGGACAGGCGGCGGAGGGACAGGCAGCGGGGGGACAGGCGGCGGGGGGACAGGCGGCGGGGGGACAAGCGGCGGGGGCACAGGCGGCGGGGGGACAGGCGGAGGUAAUGGCGGAACGGGUGGUGGAAACGGAGGAUCCUGCGUUCCCACGACUCCCAGCGGAGCUCCGUACUGCACCGUCGCCCUCCCCCCCGCGUGCCGCAACCUUGGAAACAGCCCUCUGGUUCCUACUGUCGUGGACAUCGCCGCCUGCACAGUCGCCCUUGGCGGCGCCGCCGUCGGCAACGUCCUGAACUGCCUCGUGCCCAGCCUGACCGGCCCUUCCAUCGUCAGCUGCCUCAACAACGCCCUCGUCGGCACGCCCUGCAUCACCAACCUCCCGCAGCGCUGCCUGAACCUCAACGCAGACGUCUCGGCGGGGUCCGCGCUCAACGCCGACGUCGCGGCCUGCGCCGACGCGCUGGGCCCGUACUCGGGCAGCCCGGCCGUCCAGCUCUGCCUCAACACCAACGUCAACACCAACGGCCUCGCCAUCAUCAACUGCCUGCAGAACGCCUACGGCUUCCCCGUCGCCACGCCCCAGGCCCCGGCCGGCUGCACCAACACGCCGACCCAGGCGUGCCCGCAGCUGCCGCCGGACUGCGCGGCCCUCGCGACCGUCGACGUGACGACGGCGCGGCUCAAGGUGCCGCUCUGCCAGAACGAGCUGGGCCUGCUCGCCUCGGUGGGCGACACGGCGACCUGCCUCGUCAACAACGUGAUCGGCGCCCUCGCGCCGGCCAACGCCGGCCAGACGCUGUACAACUGCCUCAACCAGGCGAUCGGCCCGUGCAUCACCACGCUGCCGCAGCCGUGCAACGUGCUGAGCGCGACGGCCGGCACCGCGGCCGCGGCGCAGGUCCAGCUGUGCAGCAACGCGCUGCAGCUGUUCAACCAGAACGGCGCCCAGUCGUGUCUCGCCGACCCGGCGUCCACGGGCGCGGCUAUCGUGGCGUGCCUGAACCUGCGCCUGUUUGGCAUCACCGCCAACCCUGCUGCGACUGUUGGCUAG